AUGUCUGAUUUAAGAAAAGCUGCAAUUUCAAACACAAAUAUCCAAAAUUUACUCAAUGCAAGAUCAAUUUCGCCAUCCCCGUCUCCUUCUCAAAGUGGUACUUCAACUCCAGUUAAUGGUAAAAUGGAAAAAACUGAUUCAAUCUUAAAUUUAACUCAACCUGAAUUAUUUGGUAUUUAUAAAAAUGAUUCAUUUGUUAAUUUAAAUAAAGAUAUUGAUGAUACUUCAGAAUUAGAAAUAGAUAUAGGUCCAACAAAAUCAAAAGAAAAGAAAACCACCAAAAUUAAUCAACCUGAACCAACAACAGGGUUUCCAUUUAUUAUCAAAUUAUUCUUUUUAUCUAGUUCUGCAUUUUUAUACAAUGAAAUUACAAAACAUAUAAAUUAUAAUCAUUUUAAUGAAAAUCAAUUAGUUAAUUUCCCUUUAACAAUAACUCAUUUUUUCUUAUAUGGCUUUGUUUCAAAAUUUAAAAUAUCUAAUUAUACUAAAAUCGAUAAUGAAUUUGGUCAAACUUUAGAUUCGAUUUUAGCUUUAACUUUACAAGGUUUAUUGAUGGCUUCAUUACAUCCAAUUAUGGAUAGAAUAUUACCAAAAUUUUUAACAAAAAGAUUAUUAUCAUCAAAUCCACAUCCUGGUUCAUCAACAAGUUAUUCAAAUUUAUUUAAUGAUUUAAUUAGAUCAUGUAUUACAUUUUUAGGUAUUUCAUAUGCUAUUCGUAAAAUUGAAUGGACUUCUUUUUUACAAGUUUCAAUUAUUUGGUCAUUAAUUAAUCCUGGUUUAUGGUUGUUAUUAGAUGGAACAAUUUCAGGAUUUUUAAGUUCAUUUAUUGUUUCAUUUUUAGCUUGUGUUUUAAUUUAUUGGGAAAAUUAUCAUUUUAUUGUACAAUAUUCAAAUUAUACAACUGAUGAUUUAAUUGCUUUAUGGUUAUGGAUUGGUAGUUUCUUUUUUUGUGGUAUUAUCAUUUUUGGUAAAAUUGGAAGAGGAUUGUUUGGAAAGAAGUAG